GCACGUUUCAGAUGUAAGACGCCGCCGGCAGUCGCUGGUCGAUUCUCCGCCCGGAACGCUGGCAACAAGGCGGUGAAACAACUGAACGCAGCGGACCGACGUUGCACACGUACACGAAGGACGACGUCACCGAGGUUCUGCCGGGGAGUGGCGACGGGACGGAAGCAACGGAGGGAAAACACCGGCGUGUGAUCCGGGCGUUGAAGCGUGCUGUGCGCUUUCUCGAAGAAAAAUACGGAAUACAGGCUACGAUGAUCGAAAGAGACAGACCUUACUGCCAGGUCGUAGACGGCCACAGGCUUCCGGGUAGCUUCUCCGAGGAGGUGUACCGCAGCGGUCUACGGUAUCGACCUGAGCCCGGAGACGUGGUCUUGGACACUUUCCCCAAGUGUGGCACCCACUGGGUGCUGGGCAUCCUGAAGGCCGCAUACCAAGUGUGCCGGGAAGUCACUCCGGGAUCCACCUUCCUGGAGAAACUCGGACUCGAUGCCAUCGAGAAGUGCGCCAGACCCCGGAUCGUGUUCACGCACCUGCCGUUCCAGUUGGUGCCCUUUUCGGACCAGGCCAAGUACAUCUACGUGAUAAGGAACCCAAAGGACUGCUGCGUGUCUUUCUACCACCACACCAAAACCAUACCAGCAUACAAGUUCCAGGACGGCACCUUUGACGAAUACUUCGAGAUCUUUCUGGACGGUCGCACCGACUUCGGCAGUUACUACGAGAGCCUGCGCUCGUGGUACUCCAAGAAGGACGAGCCCAAUGUUCUCUUCCUCACCUACGAAGGCAUGCACGCGGACGUUCGGAGAUCGGUGCUGAAGAUUACGCGCUUCGUAGACGCCGGCAUUGCCGACGAACUGGAUCGAGACGAAGACAAGAUGAGGACAGUUCUGGAGAAGUCGAGCGUCGGCAGCAUGAAGAAAGAGUUCGAGCUGCAGUUCGUGAGGAAGGGCGUCGUGGGGGACUGGAGGAACUACUUUUCGCCAGAGCAGUCACGGAGACUGGAGGAGAGAUUCUUCCGCGAGGUGGCAGGCACAGACAUCCCAAAGCUGUGGGAAAGCACUGACUGGCUACUCGGUGGAAGGAAGACCUGAACGCUCUCUGUUUACUCCGGAUACUGAACACCUCAUGUCCCCCGAUCAUUUCCUAUAGUUAUCUCUAAAAUAUACUACAUUCGUACAUCCGCCACAUAAAUAAUGCGUGUGUGUAGGGAAAAGGGGAGGUAAAUAUGUGAAAAAGAAACAAUACUCGAUCUCUUCGGCCCACGCUUACUUUCUCUUUUGAAAUCGAAAUUCGCGACAAGCUUUUGGUGAAAGCAACGUCAGAUGUGUCUUGAGUGGUGACUGCACCAACACACUACAAUUCUGCUGGGACAAUCUAUCACGAAUGUGCCUUGCAGGAGCCCGCUCCGCGAGAUUUGUGAUAUCGCCAUCGCUGGUGUAAUAUUAAACCUAGGAAAUAAAACGAAGAAUGAGCACGAUUUCAUCA